GAAUGUGGAGGAUAAAUUCCAGUGCAGGCAGAGCCAAAGCCAGGACCACGGGGCAGGACACAAGCAGAGCUCUCAGGCAGCUGCCAUGGUCACUGCAAGGAUGCUCCUGCUGCUCCUGCUGCUCCUCAGCAGCUCCCUGCACCUCACCCUGGCCCACAUCCCAUCCAGCGAAUGCUGCUACAGCUACAGCAAGAAAGCUGUCCGUGGCAUCCAGAGCUACUUCCAGACCCCCAGGGAAUGCUUCUUGCCUGCACUGGUGGUCACCAAUGCCAGAGGGGUCAUGUUCUGUGUCAACCCCAAGGACCAGUGGGUGAAGAAAGCCUUGAAGGAGCUUGAAAGCAAAACCAACACUCCUGCUGCUCAUCCCUCUACUCCAUUGAGUUCUCCUGUGUCCACUGCAGCCCCAAGCACUGGCACCAAGCAGCCCCUAUCCCAUGGGACUGAUGCCCACCGUGGCCACUAAACCUCCCCCCUCUGCCCCUGCCCUGCCAGGACAUGGCCAGCACAGCUGAUAUUUAUAAUAAAGACUCAUUGCCACAA